AUGGAUGGCGAUCAACGAAAGCAUGAAGGAUCGAUGUCUCGAUCUGGAAAUGCUGCUCGCAGAGCAUCUGGUCGUGCAACCGAUCAUUUUGACCCGGCCAUUCAACCACGUGGAGACCAAACGGGGAUAUCGCAGCCUCCGGAGCAAGUCCCGGUGUCCUACGACUACGGAUACACAGGCAGCUCCUUUCACGGCGGUUCCCUGCAGUCAAACGACUUACAGAACUACCAAUCCCAGAGCUUUGCACGAGCACAGCGGCCUCAACAGUCCUCGUCUAUUCAGCAUCGACGGCGCAUGCCACCCCAGGAACAGCCUUACUCUUAUGAUUCCAACAUGAUGUACGGAUUCGGUCAGCCCGGUCCAACACAAGCACCCUUCGAGGUUGUUCCACAGUACCAGACUCGACCUGUCCCUAUUGAUGCCCUGGCGAACCCAUUCGUUCCACAGUAUUUUGCAUCAGAAGAUUCUGCAGGAUCUGGGCUUGCUGGAAUCCCCUCUUAUCUCAAUGCACAACUCCAACCUUAUAAUCAAACGAACCCCAUGGCACGCCCAGUUACCACCCAAUCCUUUCCUGCAAAUGUUACCGAUUUUACUAUAGGGUCCGGGUCCAUGAGCCGAUUCGAUCAGCCUGAACCUCAACAGUCGGACCCUUCGAGUCUGGAUGAGGCUAUAGGUCAAUACCAAAGUAUCUUGCGCCAUACUUUUGAUCAAACGCGAGCCGGAAGAUUAGUUGAAGCUAGUGGAUCGCUGCUCCGAAUUUCCAAGUGGCUUGUGGAUAAUGCACGGCGUCUAGGUCUCCUCAAUGACAAUAGCACCCUUUAUCCCGACCGUCUGGAGCUAUGGAGCAAUUUUAACCUUUGUUGGUUAGCCCUGUGUCAAAAGCAGAAGGAUUUGAUACAAGGUUUAUUGACAUCCGGUCAACAACCGCAGCAAAUCAGUUUAAUUCAACGUGACCGCAUGGAAACAAUGGGAAAAGAACUGAUCCAACUAUGCGAUCAACUUGAACAACAUGGCUUAGUGGAUUACCAAAUGGGUAUAUGGGAAGAAGAGAUUCUAUCCGUGCUGGGCCAAUGUCUCGAUCUGAUGGAAUCCAGCCCCGAACUCCACCAUAUCUCAACUAUACCCGAAACCACGGCAGCGGUGCCUCGACCGUGA